UCCGCGGGGUGUGGGCCCCACAGCGCCAGCCCAUUCUACAGAGGUUCAGAGCCACUCAGGCCACAGCUGUACAAGUUCUGAACAUCCCAGAAACAAAGGUCACAACAUUGGAUAAUGGACUGCGAGUAUCCUCUGAAGACUCGGGUCUUCCAACCUGUACUGUCGGGCUGUGGAUCGAUGCAGGAAGCCGCUAUGAGAACGAGAAGAACAAUGGAACAGCUCAUUUCUUGGAGCACAUGGCAUUCAAAGGUACAAAGAAACGUUCUCAGCUAGACCUGGAGCUUGAGAUUGAGAACAUGGGAGCCCAUCUGAAUGCAUAUACGUCAAGAGAACAAACUGUGUAUUAUGCCAAAGCGUUUUCCAAAGAUUUGCCUCGAGCUGUGGAAAUCCUUGCCGACAUCAUCCAAAACAGCACUCUCGGGGAGGCUGAGAUCGAGCGGGAGCGAGGAGUUAUUCUGAGAGAGAUGCAAGAGGUUGAAACCAAUCUUCAGGAAGUUGUAUUUGACUAUCUGCACGCAACAGCCUAUCAGGAUACAGCUUUGGGCCGUACCAUUCUGGGGCCCACAGAAAACAUUAAAUCCAUAAACCAGGGUGACCUGGUGGAAUACAUCACAACUCACUACAAAGGACCAAGGAUCGUGCUGGCUGCUGCUGGAGGAGUGGAACAUGAAGAGUUGACUGAUUUGGCAAAGCAUCACUUUGGUAAUCUCUCGUCCACUUACGAUGGUGAUACCACACCAGUCCUGCCUGUGUGCAGGUUCACAGGCAGUGAGAUUCGUGUCCGAGACGACAAGAUGCCUCUGGCACACAUUGCAGUCGCUAUUGAAGCUGUUGGCUGGUCAAACUCUGACACCAUUCCUCUGAUGGUGGCAAACACCCUGAUUGGUAAUUGGGACCGGUCUUUUGGCGGAGGUGUGAAUUUGUCCAGUAAAUUGGCUCAGGUUACUUGCCAGGGUAACCUCUGCCAUAGCUUCCAGUCGUUCAACACCUGCUACACAGACACCGGUCUCUGGGGGCUUUACAUGGUCUGUGAGCCCAACACUAUUGAAGAAAUGCUGCACUUUGUUCAAAGAGAGUGGAUGAGGUUGUGCACAAGUGUAACCGAAGCAGAGGUUGCUCGAGCCAGAAACCUCCUAAAGACGAACAUGCUGCUCCAGCUCGAUGGCUCAACGCCAAUCUGUGAAGACAUUGGUAGACAGAUGCUGUGUUAUAAUCGAAGGAUUCCACUGCCAGAACUGGAUGCAAGGAUUGAUGCUGUUGAUGCGAAAACAAUCAGGGAUGUUUGCACAAAGUACCUCUACGAUAAGUGUCCUGCUAUUGCUGCUGUUGGUCCUAUUGAACAACUCCCAGACUAUAACAGAAUUCGGAGUGCUAUGUACUGGCUAAGGCAAUAAAUGUUACAUCUUUUUAAAUCUUAUAACAUUUACCAUUUUUCUGUAAAUUAUAAUAAAGCAAGUUCUUUGU